AAUUAUACUGCACUGUGCUGCUCUUGGUUUCCUAGAGCCCUGUUGGUCCAACCCCGGACAAUUUGAUGAUAGCGGUUUUGGUGGGAGCCUGCUGCGUGUGGCAUGGGCACUGGGGAUUAUAUCUGUGUAACGGUGCGCGGAGGCGCGCCCUGGGGCUUCAGUCUCUGCCAAGGAGAGGGGGAUGCCUACCGACCUUUGCAGGUUUAUCAGGUGGAAGAGGGGGGUCGUGCGUCCCUGGCCGGGGUUUGUGAGGGGGAUGAGGUGGUGUCGCUGAAUGGAGAACCCUGCGGUGACCUUUCCCUCCCAGAAGCUAUUGCUCUCAUUGACGCCUGCGUCAACUGCCUGCAAUUACUGGUCAAAAGAUGCUGGGCACUAACCCCUGAGGCAUUUCAUUCAGAGGAGACCUACUUUGGCACAAGGGAGUCCUCUGGUGAGGCUUUGGAAAGCACCAACCUCCGCAUCCUGUCCCUUUGCAGGUCCCAACCACCCAGAGAGCUCUACAUCGCUGAGUCCCAGAAUGAGACCUACUAUGGGGAGACGGAGAGUGACACGGAGGCCGCCAGAGGGACCCAUCUAGUCCGUACCCAGCUCUGCGGCCCAGAGUCCCAGUUACUCGGAGGGGGAGAAUACGGAGGUCGAGUAGGACCCCAGGGAGGGGGUUUCUCCCCAGGGGCAAUGGUGGAGCUCCAGUUGUCCCUCUCUGAACACACCCUGGAGGAUCCUGUCUGCACCUCCCUGGGGAGUGCUCUUGGAAUAGAGGGGGAGAUCCAGGCGAGAGAGGCCCUCCAGAACAAGGCCCUCCUCCAUACCACCACCCACUCGCUCUACGUCUGUGGCCCAGCUAGGGAGCCCCUAAGUCAGCAUGGAGUGGUGGAGAUCACCCUGCAGCAUCCCGCAGCCAGAAGGGGUUCUCCAUGUCUGGUAGAGGGGGAGGGUGCCUGUGGGGCCAGUGGAAAUGUUGGUGGAGCCCCCAGGGAGGAAGGAGCAGGGCAAAGCCAGGGAGCUCCUGCCUCCUUCACUGUCUCCUUCGGAAUUCCCAAAGAGGGUGCCGAGCCGGCAGAGGAGCCAGACUCGGAUUCGGAGAAGGACCUUGGGAAACCCAACAAGCACCGGGCCAGGCACGCCAGGCUCAGGCGCAGUGAGAGCCUGUCAGACAAGCAGGUGAAGGAGGCCAAGUCUAAAUGUAAGCGCAUUGCUAUUCUUCUGAACGCUGACGCUCCCAACCCCAACAACAAGGGGGUGUUGAUGUUCAAGAGGCAUCGACAGAGGGCCAAGAAGUACACACUCGUCAGCUACGGCACUGGUGAGAGCGAACCAGAGUACGAGGAAGACGACAGUGAGGAAGACUACGAGGAAAAAGACCCCCGAGCGAUCAAAUUCACCCUCUUAGCUACCACCAGCGAUUCAGAGCUUGACAAGGACUUCUUUACUAAUGCCCAUGGUGGAGGCAGAGUGAUAACCUGCGACUGGGACACGGGACUACUCAAUAUCGAGCGCAAGCUCAAUUCCGGAGAGGAGAUGGAGCAACUGCCCAACACCACGGGCAAGGGGGCCACGAUGUUUUCCCAGCGCCGCCAGCGCAUGGACGAGAUCGCUGCCGAACAUGAGGAGAUGAGGCGCCAGGGGAUUCCUGUGGAGGGAGUGCAGGAGGUGGAGAAGCAUGCAGCCUACCAGCAGAUGGAGGAGCGCUCGUACAUGCAGGCCACCACAGAGAGCCAGGCCUACAUGGACGUGAACGUGCACCAGAAGCAGCAGCAGUAUCAGCAGUUCCAAGAACAGCAGUAUUACGAGCAGCAACAGCAGCAACAGCAGCAAUACCAGCAGCAGCAGCAAUACCAGCAGCAACAACAGUACGAGCAGCAGCAAUACAACCAGCAGCAGCAAUACCAGCAACAACAACAGUACGAGCAGCAGCAGUACCACCAGCAGCAGCAAAUUCAACAGUACUCAUCUAACAUAAAUGGCGUCGCCAACCACCAAAGCAAUGAAAUGCAGAGUUCCAUGAGCAAUCGAACCCCCCAACCCUUCUCGGUACAAAACCAGGUGCCCGUCCCAUUUCUUACCCCAAUGAGUGGGAACAACCAAGAAGCGAUGAGUCAGGGGGAGCAGAUUGCCUCGCGCGACGAGCGCAUUUCAACGCCGGCUAUUAAGUCUGGGAUCUUGCAGGACACAAGGAACAGAUUCAAGGGCAAGCCAAUGUUCAAUUUCAAACAGGCUCCCAAAGUUCCACCCAACCCGGAGCUUAUGAAUCUCCUCAACAGGAGUGACAAGAAGUUGGAUUUCGAGUCAGCUACGGAAGAGGACUACCUUAGCUUGGGGGCUGAGGCUUGCAACUUUCUCCAGUCACCAAGGGUCAAACAUAAGACGCCUCCACCAGUCGCUCCCAAGCCCAUCAUUAAUCCCAACUCUCCGCCUUGGUCCCCUCAGCCUGAGCUGGCCAACCAGGAGUUGCCACUGCAUGCUGAAAAUAGUGUCUCCGCACCUGCUACAGCCUCCGACCCGGAGUCCGCCCCUGCUCCAGAACUGGAUCCAACCCCUGUACCGGCCCCAGAACCCGCCCCCCCUCUUGCACCCCAGGAAGUUCCUGCCAACACCCCCUCCCAGAAAAACACACAUGCAGUCCCCCAGGGUCCCAGGCAGAGCAGCAGCCCCAGCAAGCGCCAGCCUGGGGAAGAAAUGGACCUUCUCCACCUCAGCCUCAUUCACAACCCGAGCCUCAAGUGA